AUUCCAGCACAUAUACCGGCUUGUUUUCCCAGGAAGUUGAUGAUGUGUAUUUACAAGAGGUUCAUAGCUAGCUAAGCAGCGCUUUAGCUACUUAAUGUAUCUUUAGUCUACAAACGAUAGUGGUUACUUAGAGACUGAUACUUUUAUUUAACAUUUUCACGUAGCUUGUUUGAUUUCUAGUCAAUAAUGGUGUAAUGAGCUGUUCCUCGGCUAGCCUAACUCGAAUAGAUGGGGGACGUGUCACUUGAGAAUGGAGGAUACUAUCAUCAGUGAUGAUGGCUUCAUUAACGGUGUGGUGGCGUUACACAAGUGGCCAUCUCCUUGGCGGAUGGGGACCGCUGCUCUGCCUGUUCCUGGGCUCUCUGGUGGCGCUGUUGAUGCCAAUGGUGGGGGUGGAGGACCAAUGCUGUAUCACUCUAAAGGGGAUUGCUCAGUUGCACUGCCAGCUAUGGGGUAAAACUCAUCGCCCCACUGUCCAGUCCACCAGCCUCACUGUCCCCUUUACAGCCCUAGACCUCCUGCCCCUUAGGGCCAAGCCCAGUAUAGAGACCCAGCUGGAGGCCAAGGCAGCGCUGCAACAGGCUGUAGAGAUGAAGAAGCAGGGGAAGAGAGAGAAGGCCCACAAGCUGUUGGUGCAUGCACUCAACAUGAACCCAGACUUUGUGGAAGCUCUGACGGAGCUGGGGACCAUUCUGGAAGAGAAGGACGUUGUCCAGGCGGACCAUCUGUAUACCAAGGCCCUGGCCAUCUCACCAUGCAACGAGAGGGCCCUGGUGAGCCGUGACCGCACACUCCCCCUGGUGGAGGAGAUCGACCAACGCCACUUUGGGGUUAUCGACAGCAAAGUACGCAGGCUGAUGUCCAUCCCCAAGGGUAACUCUGCUCUUAGACGUGUCAUGGAGGAAACGUACUACCACCACAUCUACCACACAGUGGCCAUAGAAGGCAACACACUCACUCUGUCUGAGAUCCGCCAUAUAAUUGAGACUCGCUAUGCCGUGCCCGGCAAGAGCCUGCAGGAGCAGAACGAGGUCAUUGGUGUGGACGCGGCCAUGAAGUACAUAAACACCACGCUGCUGUCCCGAGCUGGGGCCAUCACCGUCAAUGACAUCCUGGAGAUCCACCGGCGCGUGCUGGGCUAUGCAGACCCUGUGGAGGGUGGGCGGCUGCGUACCAGCCAGGUGUUUGUAGGCCACCACAUCCCACCCCACCCACAGGACCUGGAGCGCCACAUGCAGGACCUGGUGCAGUGGCUCAACUCAGAGGAGGCCCUGCAGCUGCAUCCCGUGGAGUAUGCAGCACUCGCCCACUAUAAGCUGGUGUACGUGCACCCCUUUGUGGAUGGGAACGGACGCACAUCACGGCUGCUAAUGAACCUGGUGCUCAUGCAGGCACGCUACCCACCCAUCACCAUCCGCAAAGAGCAAAGGUCCGAGUACUACGCCGUUCUGGACACAGCCAACGAAGGUGACGUCCGCCCCUUCAUCCGCUUCAUAGCCAAAUGCACAGAGAUCACCCUGGAUACCCUGCUGAUCGCCACCACUGAGCACCCUGUGGGGCUGCCUGGCACCAGCCACCACCAAGCCUGUCCAAACUGCAAACAAACCAUACCUGUCCACAACAGUGAGAGGGGACGGGAGUGAGCUGGGCACAUGACUGUUUGGAUUUAAUUCAUUAAUUAAUUUGGGGUUAAUCCUGCUUUAAGUGUAAAGAUAUGUCAGUUGAUAUACAUAUUACUAAUAGCAGCCCUGUGUCAAAAUGAUAGCAUGACCUUGCAAUUUCCCAGUAGAAAUGUGCAUCUUUACAUAAAACAAAUAUUCUCAUGGUUUAAGAUUUCCUCAUACCUGGUAGAGGUGCAGGUUAGUGGAGGCUGCUGAGGGGAGGGACAGCUCAUAAUAAUAGCAUCAAACCAUGUGUUUGAUACCAUUCCACUCCAUCCAUUAUCAUGAGCCCGUCCUCCCCAAUCAAGGUGCCACCUACCUCCUGUGGUGCAGGUGUUUGAACUAAUUAUGCUGAGUUGUGAUCUAGAAAAGCAAUCUACAGCUGAAAAUGUGUUAUCAUAAAGGGUCAUGAAUUUGUUGACUCAAAUGGGGCUGUUUUAUACUCUUGGCCAUGCUACUUAUUGUUUUUAGUGCCGUUUCUAAAGGACAUUUAGGCCUAAACUGCAUUUCACCCAUCUAUUGUCAGUAGUUUUUUGAGUAAACUCAUAACUGAAGGUGUUACAAAUUGGGUAAUACAGUAUGUGUACAUGUCUGAGUUGUGAUUCUGAUUAUUGGUCCGUCUUAUCCAUGGGGGAGAAACAUCUAAAGGUUGGGUGUUGUAAUGUAGCUUAUCCAACUGGGUCAUACAGUCUUUCACUGAAACACUCAUGUAUUUGAGUUGAUUUACUACAAAAUAAACGUAUUAUCUGUUGAAUGUGACUUAGUGUAAAAACCUCAAACAUUAUUUGAAUUGUUUUAAUAAACUUUAGGCCAAAACAGCAACAAACCACAAGAUGGCAAUUUUACAACAUCCAAAUAAGUAGUAAAUAAAAUCACAGAAAAAGACAACGUACAAUCUCAGAAAGUUGCAUUGAUAAUUUAGUUAAAACCCACUAGUUUACAUUUGUUCUAAUAAAAUAAACACCAUGACAACAUUUUAAAAUGACCACACCCCCCAUAUUUUUGUAUUGGACGAAACAGAAAGCGACUUCUAAAGAUCAAACAUUUGUAGUCUCUAACUAGAUUAGGCCAGGGUUUCCCAAACCCGGUCCUGGGGCCCCCCUGGGUGCACAUUUUGUUUUUUCCCCCUAGCACUAUACAGCUGAUUCAAAGCUUGAAUUGGUUAUUGAAUCUUCUGUGUAGUGCUAGAGAGAAAACAAAUGUGCACCGGGGGGGUAGGAUGAAGUUUGGGAAACCCUGGAUUAGGCCACUGUGGUGAUAGAACAUUGAUAGAUAUAACAAAUGUAUUACAAAACUAUGGUCAACCACGGAGUCUGAACACACAUUUGACGUUCCCCACUCAUCCAAACAGGAUUGAUUUGAAAGGAAAAGGAGACAGUUCUGAAUUAAGUAUAAACCUGCAUUCCCAUGAUGUUAUCACAUACUGAACAUAUAUUGUAGGGCAGAUUUGAUGGAGGGCUCUUGCAAUCAAACAGCUGCAUAGAUUUUUCUUCCAACAACAGUUGAUUCACUUGUGGACAGUACUCAUUACAAUACUAGGAUGACAGAUUUUCCAAACUGUCAGUUCUCCAUUCCCUACCCAUCUCAAGACUUCCACAGAUGGUUAAGGUA